AUGGAAGUCCACACCCCGUUACCGCUCGUGAAGAGUAUGACUCUCAACAAGAUGUUUUCGAUUCAGUACCGGACAAUGACCUGGCAUCUCGUGGCGGUCCUCAUGAUAGCAGAAAUCGUUAGUAAUGCUGAGGCACCCACAAGUAUGGGCGAUGCUGGCAUGAUCAUGUUCGGUCCAAUCGGCCGAGAGAUUCUUGCGGGAGGCACCGUUAUCUUCGCGGUGUUCGCUACAGGUGGACAGCUUCUCGCUGGUCAGAUAGCUCUCGCUUCAUUGUCCGACAACAAGCUCUGUCUCAUGCUGUACACCGGGAUUUUCACUAUCCCUACCUUCCUCUGCUCUCUGCCGCGGACCCUUGACCGCUUGUCAUGGCUCAGCGUUCCAUCUGUGAUCUCCAUCCUAGUCGCGGGCAUUGUUGGUAUGGUCGGAGCGGGCCUGAAUCCUGUUGCUGGCAGAGAAAUUUCCGUGGCCAAGUCAUCGGACUUCGUGAUAGCCUUUAUUUCCAUUACCAAUCCCGUCUUUGCGUACGCCGGCCAUUUCAUGUUCUUCAUCCUGAUUUCCGAGAUGAAGGACCCUCGAGGCGCGAUGAAGGCGGCGUACACUCUGCAAGGCUUUGCAACGAGCUUCUACGUGGUCUUUGCCACUGUGGUGUACUACUAUAUUGGAUCGGACGUUGCGUCUCCCGCCUUCAGCUCUCUGCCCACGAAGUGGGCUAAAGCUGCAUAUGGCAUUGCCAUUCCCAACUUCCUCAUCGCCGGUUCUCUAUACGCACACACGGCAGCCAAGCUGAUUUUUUGA